AUGUGCUCCCUUGCAGACAGCUUGGACCGAAGCAGUUUGGAGAUGAGUGAAGAUGCGUUUGCUGAGAAUCUCGGGACUCAGGACAGCCAAGAAGCGCCAGAUACCAUGGCAACCAUGGAUCAGAAAGCAGAAGGUUUCCCAGAGGAGGUGGCAAAUGUUGAUUCUCACCAAGAUCAGGCCGCGGCCAAGCACCCCACUGACGAGGAACUUCCGAAUCCUGAGCCGCCCUUGAAGAAAACGAAAACGGAUUCAGAAUCCCCGCAAGUAGAUGCAGAACUUUCUUUGGUUCUGGAGUCAGAUGCUGGUAUGAUCUCUCCUGGUGAGGUUAGUUCACCUUCGGGCAUGCCGCCCCCUCCGCCACCGAAAAGCAGAGGCAAGGGUAGGAAGGGCAAGGGUGGCAAGAUGCAUGACAAGAACCAGCUAGCUUCUGAUGCCCCUUCGUCACAAGCAAUGGUUCUUGCGGCUGAACUUGAAGAUGAGAUGGCACCUUCCGUGACGUCGACAGGAAGCAGGACCAAAGCUCAAGGAAAAGGCCAAAAGAAAGCUAGCAAAACCAACUCUAGAUACUGCAAAGGUGAUGGCCUCUACUACAGCCCUGAAGACAUGGCACCCAAGAGCGCAUUCUGCUUCAGAUGCAAGUACUGCAUGGAUGUGCUGACAAAGUUGGCAAAAUCUGAGGGACGUCCUGAAUGGAUUUCUGAGAUCAAGUCCAAUGAGAAAGUUCUUCAGAACGUAAUCCGCAAGUACAAAGACCAGACAGGAGAUGGCAUUGCUCGGAAAAGGAAUUUCAAAGGCAGCUUGAUGUCCACUCUCCAGGAGACAGCUGCCAAGUCCAGAGUUCUCUAUGACACAGAGAUGGAAAUGAUGACAGAAGAUGCCUGGCAGCAGUUCGCUAUGACGGAGGCUGGCGGCAGAUUGUCCAAGGCAGCAGCGACUGCCCAGUGGGCAGAGUGGAAGUGCCAGGUGGAGUCUGAGGAUCCUCCCGAAGAUCUCAUUUUCGACUACAAGCGUGGACUCCGAAUCGCCGUUGCCACCAAAGACACGGUCCACUUCCAGUCUGAUUCUCGGCUUGAUGAGGAGAUUGAGAAGAGCAAGAAGCUGCAGGUGCGGGAGAAAGAUUGCAAACAGAUCACAGAAGAAGGUUUGGCAAAGAAGCGGAAGGAGCUCACCAUGGACCAUGACCGCAUGUUUGCUGGCGAUGACGGCCUUGCAGACAGCUCCUCUGCGUGUGUGGCUGGGCACCUGGUGCGAGGAUCUGCUUCUUGCUCUGCUUCGGUGGCAGGUGAUGGCUCCUCUGCGUUCCAGGGUCGCUUUCAAGAGGUGAAUUGGAAGGAGUUGGAAUGCUUGUCAAAUGUUGCAGAGAUCGCACCAGAUGGCAAUGAACCUGCUCCUGAAGUUUCUGAAGAAGGCCAGGGUGGAGAUGGUGACGAAGAGUUGGGAGAUGGAGCCAAGAAGAAGGGAAAAGGCAAAGGCAAGGGAAAGAAGCAGGCAUGGGACAAGGAAAGGAUUGUGGCUGCGAAGAUCCGCAGCGAUCUUUCUGCCCUUGAGGAUUUGGAAAGAAGCAUCAACACCAAGAAGCAGGAUGCAGAGAAAGUGACCAAGGAACUUGAGGUGAAGAGCGCAGAAUGCCAAACUGAGGUGGCAGUCGAGCACAACCUUUUGAUACGUCGGCUUGCAUUUGUUGACUUGGUUUUGGGUGAGGAUAAAUAUGCUUUGUCUCACAAGAUUCGCAGCCUCAAGGAAGCGCAGUCGGCACAAGAGGAGACUGCAACGGUGCCGCCGUCAAAGCCGGUGGCGGACAUGCCUCCUACUUCGAGCUAUGAAUCGUUGCUGACCAUCGGGCGUGAACAAGCCAAAGCUAGAACCGCUGAGCGGAAGCCCUUGGUAGAGCUAGCGUCUGCAACCCGAGUCGCCACUGCUGAGUUGAAGAAGGCGAUCACUGCUUUUGGGACUCGAUUAUCCAAGCGAGUUCCAUCAGGAGGUGCCGCAAAGUCCAAGAAGGGUAAGGACAGUUUGCCUUUGAUCAUUGAGAUGGGCAUGGAGAAGGGAAGCCAGAUUUCCCACAUGACCAAGUCCAAGCUCAGUGAGAUUUUGUCCGACCCUGAGAAUGAAAAGAAGUUCAUCGCAAUGGGCAGUUGGAGCAUGCCUUUCUUGAUCAAGGCGGAGGACGAUCAGCAGCAAGUCUUCCAUAGUGAGACCAUGAAAUCUGCCCUUCAGACCUUCAAGCACGCUUUUGCGCACAAAGUUCAGCAGGAUGCGGCAAAGCCAGCUGACAAGAGAAUGAAGACAAGGGCUGCCGCGAAGCUUCCGGCUGAAACAGUUGCCGAGGCAGUUGAAGCUUUCAGCAGCAUCAUUCCCUUGCAAGGUUUCUGCCACCUCCCAGAUCUUGCUUCGAGCGGUGUGCAGAUCUUUGGCGUGCAGUCUGAUGGCUUCAUGUCCGGAGCUGAGCCAGAUAAUUUGGCUUCCCUUCGCUACUUGGUGCAAGGUUUCCGUUGCUUGGUGAUGGCUUCCGCUGAUUUCGUCAUGGGCAUGAUGGCUGAGGCUCACAUCCCAGCCUCGCAGAUGACUCCCCAGAAUUGUUGGAAAUUCUUCAUCAAUUGCUCAGACUCCCAGAUCCAGAAGUUGGUGGACAAUGAUGAAUUGUACGUCGUGACUCAAGGGCCCGAUGAUUUGCUGUACUUGCCUGCCGGCAUGUUCUUCGUGGAGCGGUCUCUUUGCGACUCGGAUGUUUUUGGAUUCCUCAGUCGCGGAGCUGUGGCAUCAUCGUUGGAUUCUGGCUGCGCUUCUCGUUUGGAGUCCAUCCAGAAAGGGAUGAACGAUGCCGGAGCAAACACAAGCAGCAUUGACAAAGUCUUGGGCUUUUUGAAAACAUCUACUUCCUCCGGGGCAUAG